AUGCCAAUCGAAGGAACAAAUCACUCGCCAUCGGUCUCUGACCAGGAUCCCUUCUUUGACUCAUUGACAGAGCUCGAUCAACGGGCGCCGCUGGUCUCGAAAUUGGAGGGUGUCCUUCCUUACACACCGCGUACUGAUGUCGAUGGCUUUCCUCGGGCAUCCACAACAGGCAAAUUACUUGUUUGCCAUGAUUACAAGGGAGGAUACACUGAGUCGCCAACAGCUCCAGCAUAUACGUUCAACUACUGGCCUUACUGUGAAUCUUUCGUCUACUUCUCCCACCAUAGAGUCACUAUACCACCCUCUGGGUGGUCCACCGCCGCUCAUCGCCAGGGAGUGAAGAUGCUUGGGACGCUGAUCUUUGAGCAUGCGAAAUCCGAAGCCGACUGCCUGCGGCUUUUGGUCGGCCCCCUGCCCACCUUUACUGAAACCGGGCCUGCGAAGCCGACCCAAUUCACAGCACUCCCGGUGUCGCCUCACUAUGCACGCACGCUAGCCGAGUUGGCGUUCCGCCGUGGCUUCGACGGGUACCUUCUCAACUUCGAGGCUCCACUGAAAGGAGGCGUCGAGCAAACUCGUGCUCUAACUAUGUGGAUCGCGAUGCUCGAGAAGGAGAUGAAGAUGAAGGUCGGCCCACACGCCGAAGUAAUCUGGUACGACAGCGUGAUUGUCGAUGGCCAGCUCCGAUGGCAAGAUCGGUUGAACAGCACAAACCUCCCUUUCUUUCUCCCAUCGACGGGCUUCUUCUCGAACUACACAUGGCCAUCCGGUCACCCCAAGAGAACUGCGCAGUACCUCCUCAGCCUUGACCAGACUCACUACCGCCAGCCCAAAGAGCUCCAGAACCUCUUUAUUGGCGUCGACGUUUGGGGCCGCGGCUCACACGGCGGCGGCGGGUUCGGCAUCUACAAAGCCAUCACCCACAUCGACCCUGCUUCCAUGGGGCUCAGCGUCGCACUCUUCGGACAAGCCUGGACGUGGGAGAGCGAGCAAGACAAGCCAGGAUGGACGUGGAAGCAGUGGUGGGACUACGAGAGCAAGCUCUGGAUCGGGCCGCCCACGGCAGACGAAGACGUGCCCGUGCCCGAGCCGCCGCCGCCGCGCGAGGGCGAGCUGCCGUGCAAGCACGGCGCGUUCCAACCGAUCGCGGACUUCUUCCCGCGCCGACCGCCGCCGAACCCGGCCGCGCUGCCCUUCUUCACGUCCUUCUCGCCCGGGGUCGGCUGGGGCUGGUUCGUGCGCGGCGCGCGCGUGUUCCGCUCCGAGACGGGCUGGACGGACGUGGACAAGACGACGACGGUGGGCGACCUCGCGUUCCCGCGCCCGCGGCUCGCGUGGGACGACGAGGGGCGGACGGACGCGCUCCCGGAGGCGCGCGCGGAGCUGUCGAUGGACGACGCGUGGAUGGGCGGGAGCUCGCUGCUGGUGACGAUCGCGGCGCCGGGCUCGGACGCGGAGGACGCGUUCUUCCGGUGCGUGUGGCUGCCCGUGCAGUCGCUCGCGAUCACCCCGGGCAGGUCGUACCGUAUGUCCGCCGUCUACAAGGUGCACGAGGGCCCGGUCGACGCGGACGUGGGCGCGAUGGUCAAGCCUCUCGCGGACGGGGUCGAGGCGACGUUCGACGUGACGCCCGUCGCCGCGCCGGAGGUGCUGCCCCACGGGUGGGACGAGCUGGUAGUCGACUUCGUCGUGACGUCGGAGCACCCGCUCGACGUCCCCGUCGCCGUGGGGCUCGUCGUCGGCUUUGCCUGCGAGGACCCCACGGAGCCGGUCGAGUUCUCCCUGCUCGUCGGCGCGAUCAGCGUGUACGCCAACCCGGUCUCGCCCACGCUGACGGCGCUCAGCCCGAAGCUCCUGUGGGCGGACUUCGUCCCCGAGAAGCAUUUCGUCAUUUUCCAAAACCCGAGCUCCGUCUAUGGGACUGUCAGGUGGGGCGCGGGUGUGUCGCUGGGACCCGUGCCCGCGCUCACGAUGGGCUCACCCGAGGACCCAGAGCCGUCGUGGAUUCUCGACCACGCGAUCCCGGGCCUUUUGUACUGCAACAUAUACGUGCUCGGGAUGGACGGCGUCGGCGCGGGAGUGGCAGCACAGCCGGAGGACGCAGUGUUCAUUGGGACGACGGGGCUCGACGGGCGUGGUGGGUGGUUCUAUGCCGACUCGCAAUGCCUGCCGGAGGCCCUACGCGAGGCGGACGCGGUGCGGUACUAUGUGCAGGGGGUGACGGACAAAGGGAGGGUGCUGGAUUGGGAGGACUGCGUUUUUGUGACAACUCCUGACUAUUCGAAGCUGUACUGA